CAAUGUAUUAACGAGGCUACAAUGAUAAUUGAAGAUUCGUAAUCUCUAAUUGAACAUCGUUCUACAUUCGUGUAACGUCGAGCAUAGAAAUCGUGAUAUAUGUGUAACGAACAAAAAUGUAUCUCGCUAUCUCGAAAUAGAUAAGCUCAGUUAUCCGUAUCUCUUAUCGAAGGUGUGAUUCAGUACGCAUUACGUAGACAGUAGACUACAGUAUAGUUAACUGUGAGAGUGACUCUUGCUGUUCCAUCUUUCUUUUUCCAUUGUAUAUCGAUAUUUUUUGAGAAAAAUGUAUUCGAAAAAAUUUGUGUGCUAUUUAACUAUCGCAUUACUUCUGAUGGGCAUAUUCUUGGAAGAAGUGGAAGCGAGGCGAAAAAUCUUGAGAGGACGAAAAACAAUAACGAGGCGUUAUUAUAGAGGUACGGCUAUACCUGCUUGGGCCAUAGUUGUUUUGACAGGAUUCGGCAUGCUACUGCUCGGCGGUGGACUUUACGCAUUAUUGCAAAAAUUCGUGGUCGACUCCGCCGACACCGGGGAAACUCACACCUAUCAACCCGCGUUGCAGAUCGAAAGCUAGAAGUUCUAAGUAAGAAGAAAGUUUUAAAAAUUAACUUCCGAUGAAAAAGAAAAAAAAAUCCUUACCUUUUUAUACUCCACAUUAUAUAAAUUAUGUAACGUAGAAUUUUAUAAAUGUGUUUUUUUUUUAGAAUGACAUUUUUGCUUUAUUAUUUAUGAGAUAAUUAUAUUCUGAUUUGUUAGAAUUAUUCUCUUUUAACAAAUGAUAUAAAAGUAUUUGAGAUACUACACAUUGUUAUGUUUAUAUUAAUGUCCAAAUAUUUAUUAUAUAUGUUACGUCUUCAAAGUGCGAGAGAAAUCGCGCUUAGGUUUUGAUCGAUAAAAAUUACGCAUCAGGUAAUUUUUUUACAAGAUUUAAGUAGAGACCUUAUACCACUUUUCUCGCACUGACUUUUCAGCUUUGCGUAAUUAUGAGAUGCGUAGAGCCAGAAAAUGAAUUUUCUCAUUUUACAUGCUAAACGAUAGGAACGAAAAAAGAAUAAACGAUAUAAGGGUUCGAUUGCAA